CCGCCAUCUUGGGAGCGGGCAGGGCGCGAUGACGUCACGGUGACGGCGUCAGGCCGGGACGGGCGAGCGGCGCCGAGGGGGCGAAGCGGGGCCAGCCACUGCCAGUUUUGCUGCUGCCGCUGAAAUGGGGGAGUACGGGGUCACUCCGGGCCAGCGCGUGGCCAUCGUCUGGGACAGCUCCUCGCCCGUCGAAGCCCUGAAGGAUUUGGUGGAUAAAAUUCAGGCGCUGGUGGGAGCUGAUAGUCGUGUCUCUGUGGAAAACGUUAACCAGCUGUCUCAGUCGGCUCACAGGGAGUCCAGCUUUGAUGUAAUCCUCUCUGGCGUGGUCCCAGGCAGUGCAGCACAGCACAGCGUGGAGCUGCUGGCAGAAGUAGCUCGGAUACUUAAGCCAGGGGGCCGUGUCCUCCUGAAAGAACCAGUGGUUACGGAAUCAGGAAACAAUGGCAAAAUCAAGACAGCAGCCAAGCUCCUCACAGCUCUGACUCUCUCUGGCUUGGUGGAAGUGAAGGAGCUGCAAAAGGAAGCGCUGACCCCGGAGGAGGCCCAGUCGGUCCGAGAGCAUCUGGGUUACCAGGGCAAUGACCUUCUCAUUAUUCAGAUAGAAGGCAGGAAGCCCAAUUUCGAAGUGGGAUCCUCAAGUCAGCUCAAACUUUCCUUUGCCAAGAAAUCUGGUCCUUCAGGAAAACCCUCUGUGGACCCAGCCGCUGCCAAGCUGUGGACGCUCUCUGCCAAUGAUAUGAAUGAUGAAGAGAUGGACCUUUUGGACUCUGAUGAGCUCUUGGAUUCAGAGGAUUUGAAAAAGCCAGAUCCAUCAUCCCUCAGAGCUCCAUCCUGCAAAGAAAUGGGCAAAAAGAAAGCCUGCAAGAACUGCACGUGUGGCUUGGCUGAAGAACUGGAACAGGAGAAGAAGAGCUCACAGCCCAAAUCUGCCUGUGGAAAUUGCUAUCUGGGGGAUGCAUUCCGCUGUGCCAGCUGCCCUUACCUGGGGAUGCCUGCCUUCAAGCCUGGGGAGAAGAUUGUCCUGAAAGAGAACCAGCUGCAUGAUGCCUAACAAAGACAUCUCUGGAUGUCCUGCAAAGGACUCUGCUGCCUUUCCAUUACUCUGAGGUUCUUCCUGCAGUCCUCCUCAUCCUCUCAAACUCAUGCUCUCCGGCCAAUACUCCGUGUGGGGAGGGGCACUGCGGGCACUGACACUGCUGUGAGCUCAUCACUUGUAAUCAGCCUUGGGCUACCUGACAAGUCACGUACCAGACUUCAUGUUA